AUGGCGGUUACUACCGCACAAGUCUUCGGCUGCUUCUCACCUGGAGCGUCUUCUUCGCUGCUCCGUACAAUCUUCGUCGCAGCGGUGGUGCUGUCGUUUGGAUGCAUGAUUAAUCCUACCCAGGCGGUCGAGAGCGUUACCAUCAGCUCCAGAUACUACUAUGUUUCGUCCAAGACAAAGGGUGUUUCGCCUUCACCCUACACUGGCUCCUUUCAGGUUUCUGUCAAGAUGACUGAAUUCACUCAGCUGGUGGGAUACACUCUUCGUGUUUUUGCCCUGCCCCACAAACCCAAAGCCAACUUCUCUGACGUCGGGAUUUUCAAGGGGAAGGAGGGCGCCACGGGACCUUUAGUGACCUCCUUCCCCUGCAGGAUGCACACUGUGGGGACUGGAUAUGUCUGCUUUGGCGAAGCCCCUCAACAAUCCGCCGCCAAGGGCGUCAAGCUGCGUCGCCGUUCUGCUACCGCAGGUGCUGUUACCGCGGAUGAGCUUAACGAAGCAGGCGUCGACCUCGCCAAGGCCGUCGCGCAGUCCACCAAGAUUCAAGAGCUCGCGCGCGCGCAGGCCGGCGCACAGGGUGGCGCGGCGGUCUCCGCGGGUCCCGCCAGACCCGCCGCUGGCGGCGCAGGUCCAGAUGCGCGGAGGAAGAGCUCGCGCGGCGCGGGGACGACGCUCGACAUACCGCCAUGGGAGGUGGUCGCUAGCUUGACGGAGGCUGAUUGGGUGGCGCUUCGCGCGUGGAUCGAGGCUGGAUGGCGUUGCCGCAAGUGCGGUCACGUCCGCGACGACGCCAACGAGCAUCCCAAGGCGGCGCAGCUGCUGCAGCGCUGCGGCAUCCACCUCCCCAAGCCCGGCACAGCCGGCGGCGCGCGCCCGGGCGGCGCCGUUGGAUCCGGCGCCGGCUCUCCCGCUGUCAGCGGCCGCACGACCCCGUCUACCACCACUAGCGGGAUGCAUGCUAUCGAGUACGCGUCCGCGUCCCCCGAUAAUCAGGUCGGCUAUCUCUCCGACACCUCCUCGCCGGCCACCUCGCGCACGGGCUCCCCGCAGCGCGCGCGGAGGGGCGCUGCGGGCUCCGACGCGUCGCGCGACGCCUCGCCGCGCUUCCACGCCGGGUCACCGUUCGGAGGAUCCGACGCGGGGGGAGCGGGCGCGGGUGGAGGGGUGGGGACGACCUCGGCGAAUCCUGAAUUCGAGCUUCCGAGAGGAUGCGGGGAGCACGCGCGGCGCCGGGGGGUUCCGCCCGCCGGCGGUGCGCAGAAAGGCGGCGGAGCGGCUUCCGGAGAGGCGCUGCAGCGGAAGCUGCUGUCCGCGAUUGCGCGCGCGCACCAAGUGUACUUUAUUGACAAGGAGCCGAACGGCACGCUGGUGUUUGACUUCCUGCUGUCGGCGCUGCUAGACGUGACGUCGUCGGGCUUUGGGUUCAUCUCUUCCGCGCUGCUCAAGGCCGACGGCACACCCUACCUCAAGACGCACGCGAUGACGAACGUGGCGUGGACCAAGGAGCUGCGCGCGUGGUACGCGGCGAACGCGCACAAGGGGCUGGUGUUCACCAACAUGAACACGCUGCACGGCACCGUCGUGCUCACGGGGCAGGCCGUGAUUACUAAUGAUGCUGUCAACGACCCCCGCUCCCGCGGCGUGCCCCCGGGCCACCCGCCCAUUGAGACCUUCAUGGGAAUCCCGCUCUACACAGGCACGGAGCUGAUUGGCAUCUUUGGGCUGGCGAACCGCAUGGAGGGGUACGACGAGCAACUGGCUAAGGAGCUGGAGCCGCUCACUCUGACCAUCGCCCAGAUGAUCUACGCCGUGAACGAGCGCAAGCGGAGGAAGGAGGCGGAGCUGCACCUGUCCAGUGUCGUGCAGGUGGCGAACGAGGGCAUCAUGUCUUUGUCCCACAGCGGGCACGUGACGUCCAUGAACCACUCGGCGCGGGUGAUGUUUGGCUUUGCGGCGCCUGACAGCGAGCAGUCGGAGGACGUGCCCCCGCCGCCCAACCUGCAGGUCACCGACCUGCUGCUCGAGGUGGACGGACAUGCUAACUUCCUGCGAGAAGGUCUAGAGCACCACGCAGGGCACGUGCACUCAGGGCAGGGGCAGCGGCAGGACGGGAGUGUGUUUCCGAUGGAGGUGUCGAUCAGCAAGGGCACGUACGACACGGUCUUCUAUGUCGCCGUUGUCAGAGACGUGUCUGAGAAGCUCGACUCCUCCCGCAAGCUGCAGGAGAGUGAGGAGCGGUGGAAGUAUGCGCUGCACGGCAGCGAGCUGGGCGUGUGGGACUGGAACGUGCGCGACAACACCCUCGAGAUCAGCGACCAGUGGAAGGCGCUGCUGGGGUACGCGCCGGACGAGCUAGAGGCGUCGGUGGAGGUGUGGGAGUCGCUGCUGCACCCCGACGACGUGCAGUCAGCAUUCAUCGACCUCAAGGCUCACCUCGACGGCCGCACGCCCGUCUUCGUGCACGAGCAGCGCCUGCGCUGCAAGGACGGGUCGUACCGGUGGCUGCUGCACCGAGGGCAGGUGGCUGCUGCACCGUGGGCAGGUGGUGGCGAGGGGGAGAGCGGGGAGCCGCUGCACUUUGUGGGCACGCACGCUGACGUGACCGACCGCAAGCAGACCCACGCCGCUGUCGUCGCUGCUGACACUGCCAACGCGCGCCUUCGCACCGCCGAGGCUGGCCUGUUUGCGAAGCUAGACCACGAGGUUCGGGAGCCAAUCAGCAGCGUGCUGGAGAGCGCCAAGGCUCUCAAGGACGCGCCUGAGCUCACGGACGAGCACCGGGCAGCGGUGAAUCAGAUCGAGGAGAGCGGGCGCCAGCUGGCGUCUGUAGUGGCGGAUGCUCUGGACAGCAGCAUCAUUGAGGCGGGCGGCUGGACUCCCAAGCUGGCGCUCACUGCUGUCGCGGAGAUGGCAGAGGCAGCAGCGGAGGCGAUGGCGGGAGCAGCGGAGAGGAAGGGGCUGGAGGUGGUGCUCGAUGCAUCGCCUGAUGCGCCGCCCUUCAUUCUCGCCGACUCCUCUCGCACCAUCCAGGUGCUCGUGUCACUGCUGUCGCUGGCCAUCCAGUGCACGAGUCGCGGCUUUGUGCGUCUGCGUAUCUACAAGGAGUCCCCUCCAGCAGCAGGUGCAGCAGGCGGCAAGGCCACUGUGCUCGUGGCGUCUAUCGAGUCGCCUGCUGCCCCUGCUGCACUCUCCGCUGCUUUCGAAGCCAACCAGGGCAGCCUGCUGGCCGCAAAGAAGCUGGUGGAAGCAAUGGGGGGAGCGAUCACACUGGUAGCGGAGCAGCACCGGGUGCCGUCGCUGGCAGUCAAGUUCCCCGUGGACCUCUCUCGCCCCGAGUUCCAGAGCGCUGUUGUGCUGCGCCCCUCUGCUCCCCCGGUCAUAGAGCAGCCGCUGCGCCAGUCCCGCGUGCUCGUUGUGGGCGCGCUGCAGGUGACCACAGCAGCCAUAGCCAAGCAACUCCACGCGUGGCACGUCCCCCACAGCACCAGCAGCAGCACGCCAGAAGAAGCCUUCCUCUCGCUCUUCCCCGCGCACGCCCUCCCGCCAGUCAUGACCUCCCCGGGUCAAUCCCCCCCCACUACCUUCCCUGAUGGCACCCCGCGCGACGGCCUUUCCCUAGAUUACGACUUGGUAGUCGUAGACUGCUCUCAGAAGAAGCAGGUUAAGGGGGAUCCGGAUAUGCUGUCGGUGCUGCAGCUGCUCGCGAGGGACCGUGUGGGCGUGGUGCUGCUGCUGAGCCGGACGGUUGCGAGGGACCCGGGGUUCCGGCAGGAGGUGGAGCAGGCGGCGGAUUGGCACGGGCAGGUGCCUGUGCUGCUGGCUAAGCCGAUGGUGCGCCCCCGGGCCCUUCUGGAGGCUCUCGAGGACGCACUCAUCCUGCUCCCCGGCAACGACCACGCACUCUCAGACCUGCGGGGGGCAGCGCACGGCAGUGAGGAGAAGGACAAGCAGGCGGCGGAGCAGGCGCUCAAAGAGGGCGCGGGGGCCAUUGACCGGGCUGCGAGGGGGGGCGCGCUGCAGGGCCGCGUGCUCAUUGCUGACUGCAACGCUGCUGAUCGGAAGGUAGCGGAGAGGCUGUGUGCAGCGAUGGGGUUGACAGUGGAGGGGGUGAGCUCAGUGGUGCGAGCCCUGGAGAGGAACCAGGCCACGGGCUUCGACCUCGUUCUCAUCAACACCCAGAUGCCCGGAGUGGACCUGCCAGCAGUGCUGCAGGCUCUGCAGACAGACCACCGCCGCCGAGGCGCCAGUCGCGCUCUCAUUGUCAUGGGCAUGUCCACAGGCCUUGAUGAGCAGCAGCGGUCGGCUUACAUUGCAGAUGGCCUUUCAGAGGCCCUUCCCAAGCCCUUCACCAUCGGUGCACUUGAGUCUCUCCUUCGCUCCUUCCUGCCCGCGCAGUGA